GCACUUACACAUAUCCAUACAGCGUGUACCCCUGAAGGGCUCGGUUGCUCGUUAGAUUAACCACCCACCCCUCUCAACCUCCCGAGAACUAACACCCACACAUCCAUCCCAACCACUGAGUGUUUGCUUCAAAUCUGAAGUUUGUAAUUGGGUACUCGAUUUCGAUAUCCUGCUACACCCUCAUUCCUCUGAACCACACCCAUCCCACACUCACAUCCUUGCUCCGUACCUGCAUGUCCAGGUGAACAUGCGCGCCGCGUUCAUGCUACGCAUUGCGGCAUUGCUCGCCCUGCCUUUUGUUUCCGCUCAAGAUGAUGCCAGCGCCUCAAUCAUCUCACUCAAUGCGAGCCACGGUUGCCCCAAUAUAUCGCCCGGACCAGUGAGCUUCAGCUACCUAGCAGAACAAUUCACGCUUCAAGCCCACCCAGACCCCACCGCAACAGAAUCAAUCCGCCAGACCUUAUCACUCUACGCCCUCGCCAUUGAUGGCCGCAACUACGACAUCCUCAGGAAAGUCUUUAUCACCAACGCGCGAGCCAACUACUCCGAUCCCAUAGGGGUACUAAACGGCGUCCAAGCCAUCAUCGAUAAUCUCGCACCCGGUCUCAGCACUUUCGUAUCUACCCAGCACCACCUCGGCACGCAAAUGAUACACAUUUGCAGUCCCAGCAGCGCUGUAUCUGUGACGUACUUUCAGGCUACGCACUACUUUACUCCAUAUACUGGCGUUCAGAAUCCGGUAGACAAUAGCAAGGUUCUGAUCGAUAAGGCGCAGUAUCAGGAUACGUGGGCGAAGCAGAAAGAUGGGAGCUGGAAGAUUAUCAAUCGUAAUCUGGUGCGGAUGGGUCCUGCUACAUUAGACGGUGGCUUUCCUACACAGUAGUGUGUAUCAACACAAGAGUCUUG